AUCCCCCGGACUCGAACCCACAACCUUGCGUUGUUAAUGCAAUGCUCUCACCACCGAGGUACAGGAAAGCUAUAUUAGGGCCAGUAUUUUGUAAUAAUGUUCUAUCCAAUAGUUUUUGUCUGAAUAUUUUGUAAAAUCGUCACCUCAGGAUGAAGUUCAGAUCUAUUUUCACAACCUAGAAAAACUUGCGCAGUGUGAGAAACGUGCUCAACCUGCUGGACCACUCGGAUUUGAAACUCUAGAGGGCGAUAAACACCCCACUGAAACUAGAGCAGAUUGCAUGACUAUGUGGAGGAAAGAGGAGGAGGAGGCCCAAGAGGAGAUGCUAUUGUACGUUUCAACACACAUUGACACGCUUCAGAAACCACGUUUCUGUGAGUCGCAGCGGACCUCGCGGUGUCGCCGUACAACAGCCGAGCCCAGUCUUACGUGUUCUCCAACGGGUCGUUUUCACCAUCCACACAGUAAAACAAAGCGUCCGGCUUUGUUGAGACAGAGGAAGAAAUGUCAGGGUUGAAGAAACGGAGUUCGAACGCAUCGGCGGACCGAGAUGAAGACGACAAGCAGGUGACGGAGAAGAUGCUCUCCGGCAGAGGUGGAAACGGAAAGCAGGCAGCUACGCAAGAAAGUCCGACAUCGGACAUCACCACUGCGGAAGGAGAAAAGACAGUCGAGCUCAAAAGAACUAUAACGCUUGUGAACGGCGUGGCCAUCAUUGUAGGCACCAUCAUCGGCUCGGGUAUCUUCGUGACACCCACCGGAGUGGUGAGAGAAGCAGGUUCGGUCGGGCUGUCGCUGGUCGUGUGGUCCGUAUGCGGCGUGUUCUCCACCAUAGGCGCGCUGUGCUACGCCGAACUGGGGACCACCAUCACGAAGUCCGGGGGCGACUACGCGUACAUCCUCGAAGUGUACGGUUCCCUCCCUGCGUUUCUGAAACUUUGGAUCGAGCUUCUUAUUAUCAGGCCGUCCUCGCAGUACAUCGUUGCUUAUGUUUUCGCAACCUACCUCCUCAAGCCCAUCUUCCCGGUGUGCCCCGUCCCCGAAACGGGGGCCAAACUGGUCGCCUGUCUCUGCAUCCUGAUGUUGACUGCUAUUAACUGCUACAGUGUGAAAGCCGCCACAAGGGUCCAAGAUGCCUUCGCCGCUGCUAAGCUACUUGCUCUGGGCCUCAUCAUCAUUAUUGGCUUCGUGCAGAUUGGCAAAGGUGACACCGUUGAGCUUCUUCCCGCCAAUUCAUUCAAAGGAAGCAAUUGGGACUUCGGCAAGAUCGGAUUGUCUCUUUACAGUGGACUGUUUGCCUAUGGAGGAUGGAAUUAUUUGAAUUUCGUCACAGAGGAGAUGAUUGACCCAUACAGAAAUCUCCCCCUGGCCAUCAUCAUAUCCCUUCCUAUUGUCACCGUCGUCUAUGUUCUGACCAACUUGGCCUACUUCACCACGCUGAGUCCAGAUCAAAUGCUCUUAUCUGAAGCUGUUGCUGUGGACUUUGGCAACUACCACCUGGGGCUUAUGGCUUGGAUAAUCCCCCUGUUUGUAGGAUUGUCGUGCUUUGGUUCUGUGAAUGGGUCCCUUUUCACAUCUUCCAGGCUGUUCUUCGUCGGGUCCAGAGAAGGUCAUCUUCCCAGUUUGCUGUCGAUGAUCCAUCCUGACCUGAUGACUCCACUUCCAUCUCUGAUAUUUACCUGCAUGAUGACUCUACUGUACGCCUUCUCCAACGACAUAUUCUCUGUCAUCAACUUCUUCAGCUUCUUCAACUGGCUCUGCAUCGCCAUGGCGAUUGUCGGCAUGAUGUGGCUACGCUAUAAAAAGCCAGAGCUAGAACGUCCAAUUAAGGUGAAUAUUCUGCUGCCCGUGUCCUUUGUGUUGGCCUGCAUGUUCCUCAUUGUGGUGUCCAUCUGGAAAACACCUGUCGAGUGCGCCAUUGGAUUCGGCAUCAUCGCCACAGGAGUUCCGGUGUACUUCUUCGGCGUUUGUUGGAAGAGCAAACCCAAGUGGCUGUUGCAGUUGAUCUUCUCCUCCACGGCCAUGUGUCAGAAAAUGAUGGAGGUGGUACCUCAGGAAUCCUGAAGACCACACAGACUGACGGAUUCCCCCACGACGCACAUGCUCAGAGUCUCCUCGUACCCCAUCACUGUAUUUCCCCUUUGUGUGAGACAGAAAAAGUCUUGAUCUGCUGACGUGGGCAAAAUCUGAAACAAAAAAAAACGAGGCAAGAGGCAUGUGGACUUCAAGAGUCCGUGACCAUUUCAGUUUGGAUGUAGAUCUCAUCGGCCCUGAAUCAAGUGUAUCAUACUGUAUACAUUUAACAUUCUAUGACUUUUCAAUCAGAAUUGUCCUAUUUCAAUUUAUAUUGUAUUUUAUUUGAGAUAUGUGUCAUAACGUUUUCUUGAUCGUUCAAUUGUGUGCAUGUUGUAGUGAUUGUUAGCUUCCUAUAUUGUGCUUUAAACCUUAGUUUAUGCGAGGAAGAACGUGGACCGGAACACCUGCCGGUAUUCUGUCGAAAGGCACCGUUGUCUGUCAACUCCUAUUCCUCUAUUUACAGACAUAGUUCAUGCAUGUUUCAGUUAUUCUACAGAUUAUUUGAUCCGUUCGCUAUGCCUCGUCUGUUGUGUUUUAUUUCUGAAGAUCUUGUUGAUACGACUUUAUACUUCAACAGAUUUAUUUUUGAUAGGUUCACGCAGUGAUGAUUUUUUAUGCAGUUACUAAGAAUCCAAUCUUCUUAUUUUUCUUAUUGUGAAAGGCGUAUACGUACAGUAUUCAGACAUUUUUUCGGAAUACCUGUCAGGCCCAACCGUUACUGUUCCUGCCUUGUGUUACCUCAGUUAGAACCUGAUUGUAUAUUUUCAUGACUUAUAAUUUUAGGUAGCAGAUGUGCUGACAGUAGUAAAUAUACAUCAGCACUUAACACUGGACCCUAGCACAUCUUUAGAUUGACUGCUAUUUUAUUUCAUUUCACUCCGUUUGUAUUUACAUUUUUUUAGUUUUUUACACAAAACACAAUCAGUUAUCUGGUUGCUUCUGACAUUUUUUUUAUAAACAGCAAAUAGCAGAUUUGCUAUAAAUUCUGGAAGAGUUGCCAGCUGGUUACAAUAAUAAAUAGGUCUUAAUAUUGCACUUCAAUAAAUCAUCAGAAUUCCCCAAAGUUUGAUCAUUUAGUGCCUCGUCAGCUUACGGGACGAUAAACUGGAUGGAUUGCUGUGAUAUAAAUUUAUGUGCGCAGUUAUGUUUCAGUUUUGAAUCACUUUUGCUGUGUUUUGGGGUAAUCAAUGUUUUGCUAAAUGGUCAAAUGAUUGUUGGUUAGCUUCUGGACCAAAGUCAUCUGUGCGCAUGUGAGAAUGAGAUGUUCGAGAAGGCUGAUGUGAGGAAAGUUUAUUGACCGGGAAGUUGGAGUUGCGUCGGGGGAAUAAAGUAUUUUGGGUGAGGGUGGGGAGGUUCAGGAGGAUGAGAUAAAAUCAUACUUUGAUAUUGUGAAUACAGAAACAAUUUCGAGGUUUCUGGUUUGAGGGAUUUUGAAGAUCUGAGUGGAUCUACUUUAUUAUGAUUUUAGGUAAUGAAGCAUUGUAUCAUUUAGAAAACUACAGCAGUAUGACUAACAGCCAACGAGACCUAAUUUAAAUAGACAUGUUGACAUUUACUGAUAUGUAUUUAUUUAUUGUUUGUAGGGUUGCAUUGAGCUAGUGCUUUAAUAAUGUUAUAGAGCAUUUUUAAAAUGCUUAAUAUAAGCUGUUACUGAUAUUUUUUUCUUGUUUGUAUUUUUGUCUUUUUAUGCUUUCGGAUUCUUUGUUGCAAGUCUUUUAGUGUUUUUGUAACUGAUGGUUUGGUUUACCCUCUACUGUUGGCUAUUAAUAUUUAAUAAAAGUGCAGAUGAGCCGAG